GAUUGCAAUAUAAUGGGCUCACCCCAGAGAGAGUAUUUAUUUAAGGUGCUUGUGGUGGGUGACAUCGGGGUUGGCAAGACAUCGAUUAUCCAGCGUUACGUGCACAACAUUUACUCACAAUGCUACAGAGCCACCAUUGGUGUCGAUUUUGCACUAAAGGUCUUGAACUGGGAGCCAAAGUGUGUGGUCAGACUUCAGCUGUGGGACAUUGCAGGUCAGGAGCGAUUUGGUCACAUGACAAGGCUGUAUUACCGAGAGGCAGUAGGUGCCCUUGUAGUGUGUGAUCUUGGCCGUGCUGCCACACUUGAGUCUGUCCGACGCUGGAAGGAAGAUUUGGAUUCCAAAGUGUAUCUGCAGAGUGGUAAACCUAUCCCUGUCAUGUUGCUCGCAAAUAAGUGUGACCAGAUGCAUAUGGGCGUAUCCACGCUGGAGAUAGAGGAGUUGGUCCGGGAACUGGAAUUUACUGACUAUCAUCUGACCUCUGCCAAGGAGAAUGUGAAUAUCGAUGAAGCAAUCUCUUGUUUAAUAAAAGAAAUGAUUGACAAUGAGGAGGAAUCAGAACCUAGGAAAGACCCUAAUGUUGUCCAACCAUCUUUGCUUUCACCAUCCACUCGUCACUACAAGGGCUGCACUCAGUGCUCAGGCAUGUGAAGCUGAUAUGAAUGCCCGUGUUUUUUUUUUGUAUGUGUGACUAUGUAUUUGUGUAUUGUACAUGUACAGAUAUGUUUAUGGGUGCAGCUAAACUACUAUAACUGUAUGAGUUUAUGUUUGCAGGUCCAUUAAUGCAAUAGAGGGUGAGUGUGCAUAUGUUCAUAUGUAACAUAUAUAAGUUUGUGUGUGUGUAUCAGGGGAGGACUAAGCAGUCGGGCAGAUAGGACCUGGACUAGGGCUUGGCAUGUAGGGGGGCACUAGUGGCAACACCAUGACUCGUGGUGUGCUACCUAAGCUCACAGUCACAGCUAGAUACAUGAGCUAUCACAGUGGUUGUGGGCUAGGGCUAUCAGUAACUAAGCAUUUAUGUGUGGGUUUAGUGGUGGCCCUAACCCUGGAGUGGGGGCCCUGUUGUUAUGGGGGUCCUAAAGUGUGGGGUCCAGGCCUUGGGGGGGCGGGGCUGUCUCUGGCGGCCCUGGUGUGAGCACGCAGUGAGGCAUAAACUUGCAUAAAUGUGAGACAAUUGGGGACCAUUACCUAAUUUUCUCUUGUAAGGUGCAUCCAAUCCACAGGUUCAUCCAUUACUUGUGGGAUAUUCUCCUUCCCAACAGGAAGUUGCAAGAGGACACCCACAGCAGAGCUGUCUAUAUAGCUCCUCCCCUAACUGCCACCCCCAGUUAUUCUCUUGCAACUCUUGACAAGAAAGGAAGUAUCAAGAGAUAUGUGGUGACUUAGUGUAGUUUUACCUUCAAUCAAGAGUUUGCUAUUUUUAAACGGUACCGGCGUUGCACUGUUUUUCUCUCAGGCAGAAAUUAGAAGAAGAAUUCUCCCUGGAGAUUUGAUGAUCUUAACGGUUUGUAACUAAGGUCCAUUGCUGUUCUCACACAUAACUGAUGAAUAUGGGAAAACUUCAGUUGGGGGAACGGCCUGCAGAUUACCUGCUUUGAGGUAUGUUCAGUAUUUUUAUUUCUAGAGAGAGGGAUAAGUUCUAGAAAAUGCUGACAGAGCCUUGUGUAUUUGAGGUAAGCCUGAUGCAGUGAUUUAACAGCGACUGGGAUCAUGCUUACAUAACAGGGUAAUACUCAUGUUAAUAUUCAUAUUGCUUAGUGACAAAACGUUUACAUGAUUUCAUAAAAUAGGACGUUUUUUCUCUGAGGGAGAUAAGUCUUUAUUUGGGGCCUAGUUUCCACAUGGCUAGUCAGAUACUCCUAGGAGUAUUUUCUUAAGGCCCCUCUGACAUCCAGUACAUGGUGGGAGGGGCCUAUUUUAGCUCUCUAACUGCGCAGUUUUAAUACAGACUGAGGCAUCCAGCUUCCCUAGAAGAGUCUUCUGGCAUCUGAGAACCAUUUCAAAGUGGUUAUUUCUGCCCAAAAUCGUAUUUAAGGGCAGGUAGGAGCCUCAGCAGAGCUGUGGCAUGGUGCUCAAUUGAUUUUUAACGUUUUUCAAUCCGGUUUGGGGC